AUGCACUGGCCUACCAUUGUCCUUGUUUUUUAUAUCCAUAUGAAUACAGUACUCACGACUGAUGUACUGUAUGAUCUCUCAAGUUCGCUGGUCAGCCUUCCUGGACUCUUAAGCCAGAACGAUGGAAGCAACUUGACAUCAGUCCUGCUGACCGAGCCGGGUGCGUUGGCGCUGAUGGCGAGACAGCAAUGCAAUCCCGGAUACCAUGCAUGUUCCAACGGCGGUUGCUGUGCAUCAGGUUACAAUUGCCAGCCGAGCGGCUGCUGCCAGGGCUCGCAAAUUCAAUGCGGGUCGAAUAAUUGUUAUAAUGCCGCGGCAGGAGAUGUUUGCUGCUCCAGUGGAAGGUCUUGCCCUCAAGGCUAUGAUUGUGUCAGUGGUGGAUGUUGUCCGUCUGGGACGUUACCUUGUGGUAAUAGCAAAUGCUACGAUCCUAACACGCAACACUGCUGUGAAGGAGGGGCUUGUCUGAAGCAGGAUAGUUGUUGCAAGGAGCAGUGUUGUCGAUCCAUCGCGUAUUGCGCUGUGGAUGGAUUCUGCUCCGCAUGUCCGGCGGCCACUGAUACAGUCACCAGAACGACUCGGCCCGUCGUUACAUCGACCAUAACCACUACGACCACGAAGGUCGUUGAGCCAGAAGAAGCACCAGAGUUCUCAUGCAUACCUGUCACUGUCACGAACAGUGCAGGCGCUGUUCUCGAGCUAGGCGAUGACUGUGCGCUCGAAUACACGGAUCCCGAACCAACAGAGAGCAGCAGCGACGCUGGGAAUGUAGCUACCAGCACCGCAAGCGCUGUUACUCCGGUACGGAGGGUUAAUAUCGAUGCGUACUUGAUACCUCGACAGACUGCUUGUACCCCAUACACCACUGUUACCUCAACUACGACAUCGACCAUACCGACAACGACACGAAGAACCACGACUGUGACAAAAACAGUCGAGGCGAGUGAGGAAGGAUUUUCGUGCCCGGCGAUGGCAGUGACAAACUCGGUGGGUGAUGAGUUGGCACUGAACGAGGAGUGUCAGUUUGAGUUUACGCCGGCCGAGCCGACUUCUUCUGAGCCAAGUGGGAAUUCAGCCUCUGCAUCGGGAGUCAGUUCGCCCUCGGGAAGUGGAACCAACGCAGGUGGUUCAGCAGCUGUGACAACCAGGGGCACAUCCAGGUUGAUGUGGCGGUACCUUUACAUUGGGGUUGUUGGAAUUUGGUUGUCUUUCCUUUGA